UAUCAAUCGUAACCGCAGACCGGAGGUGUGGCAACGUGCAACUAUGUGUCCGUCAGACCUUCUUACCUUUCUUGCUUUCUCGUGUGCAAUUGGGCUGAUCGCAUCGCACAGCAAGAGAUCAUCACUAGAGUCAUUACUGAUGGAUCAUGAUCGAAUUCACAAAGACGACGUUACUAUUCUGUCUUCAUACAGUAAUUACCGCAAGCUGCAAUUUAAUACGUUAAACAGGAAAUUUUCUCUCCACGUGAGGCCACACACUGACAUAUUUGCUAGUCACUUUAAAGUUUUCGUUGAAAAAGAAAGCGGCAGCAGAAGUCUGCACACCGACUUUGAUCCCACACAAUUUUACAAAGGAUACGUCGAAGGUGAAUCCGAGUCGCAUGUAGCAGCUCAUGUGGACAACGAAGGCAUCAUCACAGCAACGAUAUCCUUGCCACAUGACACAUACGUGAUCGAGCCUUCAUGGCGGCAUGUUCCUGUGCCUCAUUCAUACCACAUGAUUGCCUAUCGACGUUCAGACAUUAAACUGCAGUUAGGAAAACGUUUUGACAACGGCAGCUACUCAGGCAAGUUCUGCCAGACUGAAGGACACGGUGACGACCACAGCCAAUUUGUGCACUCGGAUUUUUUGCCGUAUAGACAAUCUCUACUUGGGCAUGUCAACGUGGGCAAAAGGCUACGAAGAUCUAUUCCAGUGUUGAAUACGUGUGAAGUGAUUCUUGUUGCCGACUAUAGUUUCUAUAAAUAUUUUGGGAAUAGUGAUGUGUCUGCUACAGUCCAUUACAUGGUUAGCUCAAUGGUUGGUGUGGAUAAUAUUUUUAGAAGAACGCAGUUUUCGGAUGGCUUUGAAGGAAUGGGAAUGAACUUGAAAGAAGUUAUUGUCCAUGAUGCUCCAAACACAACAAACCCUGAUUACUAUAACUACUACAAUGAGAACAUAAUGUGGAAAGUCUCAGCCAAACUUGCUGCAUUUAGUAGUACCAAGAAGUGGCAGGAUGCAUGUCUUGCUCAUUUGUUUACAUAUCAAGAUUUUGAAGAUGGUGUGCUGGGCCUUGCAUAUGUUGCUAGUUCUCAGAGAAGCACAGUUGGAGGAAUAUGCUCACCUUUGUAUCGAGGCUUCAGGUCACUGCGAGUUGGCUUGACCACACCAGUCAACUAUGGGAGAAAUCUUCUAAGAGAAGAAGUGGAUGUCGUCACAGCACACGGUAUACAUAACAUCACAUGUGAUAACCAAUAUCCAGUUUCUAUUACUGAACAACUAAUUUUGUUGCAGAAUUUGGUCACAAUUGGGGAAGCCCACAUGACCCAACGACAAGUUCUGAUUCUAGCAAUUGUAAUGGUGAAACUGAAGAUGGACGAUUUCUUAUGUAUCCUGCUGCUCAAGACGGAACGAAAUAAAUUCUCAACUUGCAGCAAGACGUCAAUAGCUAUGGUACUGGGAUCCAAGUCAUCGAGAUGCUUUAACAGAAAUAUUGGUAAAUUAUGUGGAAACUAUGUUGUUGAAGAAGAUGAAGCUUGCGAUGCUGGUUUCCUUGGUGAUCAAUGCUGUGAUACAAACUGUCAACUCGUCCAAGGAGCAGUUUGUAGUGACGCAAAUGCAAUGUGUUGCUCAAACUGCAAAAUUGCACCAACUUCUAAAAUGUGUCGAAAAGCUGCAGACAACAAUUUAGCCUGUGAAAAUGACACAUAUUGCGGAGGUGAACUAGCAACUUGUCCAGACAAGAUUCCCAAACGAGUAAAUGACUCAUCUUGUGGCACUGGAGGAAUAUGUAAAAAUGGAAAUUGCAUAAAUAUCUGUAAGCAACAUUAUAUGGUCAGCUGUGAGUGUCUAAAGGACGACCAAAAAUGUUUGAUUUGCUGUGCAACAAAUUCCACUAGUUUAUGCUCACCCCUGCAACUCGACACGGCUAAUGGUUCAUCAUCUGUCACUUCUAUGGAAUUAAAAGUUGAUGAUGGAUCCUUUUGCAACAACUUCCAAGGAAUGUGUUUAGCAGGAAAGUGCGAAGAUAUCGUUCAGGAUCCACUGGAACGCUUUUGGGAUGUCAUUACCAAUAUUAGUUUGGAUCGAAUUGCUGAGUGGUUCCGCGACAACAUCGUUGCUGCUGUUCUCAUAUUCUCUCUGAUUAUUUGGGUACCAGCCUCACUUACUAUCUAUUACUUUGACUGUAAACGUAUUAAGAAGAUCAAGGAGGCAGAAAACGAGUAUCGUAAUGUGACAGAUCCUGAAUUACGUGUUCAUCUUCAGUCAACAGCAGUUGACAAGUGGGCUAUCAAACCUAUGAGAAAACCAUCAAAACGAGCCAUUGAUCAAAAGCCGUUGAUCAGCAGCAGCAGAGAAGUAUGAGUGAAGAUGCUGCAUGAAGUCUAACAAAACAAUUGAUUCAAAUAGUUUUGAAUAGAAAUUGUGAUUCUAUUUGGUUAGGAACUGAUUGAACGCUUAAAUGCUAACAAUUCUAGUAUUAAUCUGUAAGAGCACAGCCACUGUUUGUGCACUAUAGAAUGUCUCAGUUGC